UGAGUCAAGCUUCUACUUCGUAUCAGGAGGAGUCUUUGGAAUCAAAGAUCAACAGAAUCAGCGAGAUGGUGGGAGAUAAUUUAAGGAUCAUGAACGAUCGUUUGUGUUUGAUUGAAAAAGACAGGAAACAGAUUAAAGAACGUGUGACAAACCUAGAGAAACUACAAAGAGUUACUUCAUAUGAAACUCCAAACAAUGAGGUAACUUUUUUUUCGGAAAUUAAAAUUAAUGUUUAUCUAGUUCUUGAUUCAGUUUUGAGUUGUCAAGUAAUUUUGGAAGAUGUUAUACAUAUUUAGGCUUGCCUUCCUAAUUUUUGUUGUACUUGCACAGACUGACACAACUCCAUUUCAUGAGACGGCUUCCAGACAAGGUGAAGCCAAUGCAGAUCAAGCAGAUGAACAACUUAACAAUGAGGCAAGUAUAAUUUUGAAAACUGUUGGUAUUUAUAAAAUUAUGAAUUUGGUACGUGUUCAUAAUCCCAUUCCUGACAUCAGGAUACACGAGAGCCUAUGAAUGAGAUCACGAAAGAGACACCUGGUUCUCCAAUAGCUCAACAGAAUAUUGAGACUCCAGUCCUUACUCCAAUUCAGACGCAGCAGGAGACUCACGAGCUUAUGAAUGAGAUCAUUUCACCAAACAUUUCCGACACACAGCCAAAUACCCGAGCUCGCAGAAAUCUUUUAACAGAGCAAAAUAAGGAUGUAGAAAGCAGAGUUCAAAAUCCCUUUGAGAUCGGAGCAAAUGUGGAGAUUUCAUCACAAGAUGACAAUACUUGUCAUAAAUGGUAUCCAGGAAAUGUGUUGGCAACAUAUUUGGUUGAUGGGGUUGAGAUGGUGAAAGUUGAGUACUUCGUCCCGUCUCUGGACGAAAAGAAGAGGAAAAGGAGUGUUGAGACACGUGUAUCAAUUGACAGAAUACGUCCUCAACCACCACCUGAGAGAUCUGGAGCGAAGAAAAGUUAUGAGCUAAUGCAGGACGUGGAGGCGUUCGACAAUGGUGCCUGGUGCGCUGGAAAAGUUAAAGUCAUUUUGUUUGAUGGCUCGUGUUUUGUCUCUUUGAACAAUUCUAAAGAACAAAUUUACUUCCACCAUUCUGAGAUGCGAAAACCAAGAAAAUGGGUAGAUGGUGUUUGGGAGAUGACAAAAAAGAUGGAAGAAGAGCAGACGCAGAGUGUGAAUCCAAGUGAAGGAGAUGGUGAUAAAAAGGGGAAGGCGAAGGCUGUCGCUUGUAAGAAAAAUGAAGCAGCUGGUCCAUCAGAAGAUGGUGUUGGGAAAAUGGCAAAAGAGGUAAUAAAAAUGAAUAAGAUCCACUUGAAUUGAAGUUCAGGUCAAUAGUUUGAUAUAUCGGUUUUGUUUCACAGAUAGAA